ACAAGCUGACGCGAUGAUGAAACUACCGAACAUUCAGAUGAUUACCAUCGUGGUCGGCGUUCUGCUGCCGAUGCAGUGCAUCCUUGUCCAUGGCCAGAACACGGCCUUCGAUCUCACCAAGCUGCUGCCCAAGACCGGAACGGAGCCCGUCUGGUCGGUGAUAGAUCGCAACCUGCCGCAGGUCCAGGAGAUGAUCACCACCGCCAGGAUGGGGUGCAUCGAGAAGCUCGGCCUGCCCAAGGACCAGCGACCGCUGAUGAAGGUGACCAAUCCCAGCGAGAAGGAGAAGUGCCUGGCGGAGUGCGUGCUCAAGAAGAUCCAGCUGAUGGACGAGAACAACAAGCUGAACCUGAGCCAGGUGGAGAAGCUGACCAGUCUGGUGACCCAGGACAACAAGAUGGCCAUUGCCAUCAGCUGCAGCAUGGCCCAGUCCUGCAACCGCAGCAGCUCCUCCAAGAGCGCCUGCGAGGCAGCCCACUUCUUUAACCAGUGCAUCGGUCGCCAGCUGGAGCACAGCAAAGUGAAGCUGAUCUGGUAGAUGCGUAGAAUAGGCCUCCUUGAGAUAGGUUCCAUCUCCAACUACUCCAAGUAGUCAUUAGUGGUUCCAACAAAACUGCACAUUUUACCGAAGUGUAGAACUACACUGAUAUUUCUAAACAAUUGAAAGCUAAGCUUCUUCCAAUGCGAUAAUCAGCAUUUGUAGUAAGUCAAUGUACUUCAUAGUCAAUUUGAAUAUUUUUCACUUCGAGAUUCUUCCAUUGCGGUUUUUGAUUAUUUUAAAUAUGAAAAUACUACAUAUUUUUUAAUAGUUAAUUUUGACUGUUUUUGGA